CCGGAUGUCGCGGGGCGGGGCUCUGGGUCUGGAAUACCGGAUGUCGCGUCGCGGUUCGCGCCCGCGUGGACCGGCUGGUCGUUGGGUGGAUGCUCCGCGAGCACCGGAUCACGUGCCACCUGCUCGCUCAGGGUAUUGGGGCGGCGCAGCCGGGAUUAUUGGUACCAUGAAAAACAUAAAAUCAGCAUCACCUGUACAAAAUCACCUGUAAUCAGGUUGUAGCAAUGACUACUGGAACUGUGGAAGACAUGGAACCUACCCAUGAGGAAGUGCAGUUGCCAAAUUUGGUAUUACUUAGUGACAAUCAAAAUUCACAACCUUUUGAUGCAAUUUCCAAUCAGGACACUCAGCUUACUUCUGAUACAGUAGACUUGACAGAUGUGGAAGCAAUGGAGAUCGAUUAUGGACAGGAUUUUAGAAAUGAGGUAGAAAUUAAAAAGGCUGCAGCAGGCUUCGCAACUGAAUCUAAAGAGGAUGGUCCGAUACCAGAUGCCUUGACAGAUGAAAUCGGCAGGCAGAUCUCACAAUCACAUCAUCUUUCUAUGGAGCACCGUUCUCCACUCAGUGCAACUCCCGUGCAAACCUUAAGACCAUUACCUGCUGUGCUUCAGCCUUUCCAUCUGCCUGGGUGUGAGUUCCCUAUUUCCAGCCAUAACUUCUGCCAGGUUUUAUAUCAACUGAAAGGUGCUCAGAUGUUUGUCAUAAAUAGUACAAGCCCCGGGCAACUGAAAGCAAUCAAUGUUCUUCCUCCGGGUCAAAUGAUGGAUAACAAAGAUGAAUGCAUUCACUUUAAUUCACUGGCUGGUUCAAUAGAAAACACUGCAGUGUAUCCAGUGACUGGUUUCCUGGGUAAAGUGUUACCUAUAUCAACACCACAAUCAUCAUGCCUGAAUCUACAACAGCUACAGCAAGCACCUGGUGGUCCAGUCAUUGAAACCAGUAAUCUUAGCACAGAGCCUUGUGUCCAUAUCCCUUUCACUAUAUCUCUUACCAGAUUGCCAAUAAUGACAACAGACUCAAGGUCUAAAAAGCCGUGCAAUUGCACCAAGUCCCAGUGCCUCAAACUGUAUUGUGAUUGCUUUGCCAAUGGAGAGUUUUGCAGUAAUUGCAACUGCACUAACUGCUUUAACAACAUUGAGCAUGAGGCAGAAAGGUUCAAAGCAAUUAAGGCUUGUUUAGAUCGGAACCCUGAAGCCUUCAGGCCAAAAAUAGGAAAAGGGAUGCUGGGAGAAAUCAAGUUACGGCACAACAAGGGCUGUAACUGUAAACGCUCAGGAUGUCUAAAAAAUUAUUGUGAAUGUUAUGAGGCAAAAAUAAUGUGCUCCUCUAUUUGCAAGUGUAUUGGAUGCAGAAAUUAUGAAGAGAGUCCUGAGAGGAGAACACUGAUGAGUAUUCCUGAUUUCAGCGACAUAAGCAUUUGUCAGCCUAGAACAAAUCUCUUUCCUGAAAUACUCAACUAUGGAAAACAAGUGAAAAUGAACAGAGAGCGGCACCCUUUCACUUUUAUCACUUGGGAUGUUGUUGAUGCAACCUGUGGCUGCCUCUUGGCCCAGGCAGAAGAAGCAGAGAAAGCUCAUCAUUCACUCCCUGUCGCAGAACAUAUGAUCCUGGAAGAAUUUGGCCGUUGCUUGGCACAAAUUCUACAUUUAGAAUGGAGAGCAGAAGAAAUGCAAUGCCUGUGAACUUUACAUUAAUGCAUAACAGAUGGUACUUCAUUAUAUUUAUAGCCAAUAGAUGAGUUUUAUCUUACUUUUCCCAUGCCGAGAUAACCCUGGUUUGGAACUCUCCCCAGAUGGAUGUUGGAACAAGUUUCUUUUUUGUAUUAGGCAUGGUCAGUAUUGUAAUUUGCUACAGGUUUUCUUAAGCAAUUUCCACUUACAGAAAUAUUUUAUGGCAGGGUGCAAGGAAUAUCUCUUAGGUUGCUAUGAGCAUUUUAAAAUAAUUUGUUAAGUGUAACAUAGUGUGCCAUCAUAAGUAUUUUCUAAUUUAGAAAUUGACUCCAAAUACAAAAGUAAAGUUAGCAUUUAAGGUUUUGCUAAAUAUAAUUUUCAGAAAACUUAAAAUUAAAUAAUUUGUCCUACUUUUUAAAAUCAGCAUUUUACAAGUACUUUACCUAAAUUUUAAAAAGUAUGAAAUGUAGAGCCUUACUGUAAUGAAAUUUCACUUAAUUCCUCAAACUAUCCUUUAGCUUCCACUAUGAGUGAACAGCACAAUUAGAAGGCACCAAAAUUUAAAAAGACUAUCGAUCCUACUGAUAGAAAUGUGAGCUGGUACUUCUCAAGCACAAUUUUCUGGGGCUCACACAUGAAGAAUACCCACAUGAAUAAAGGUGAAUGGUGCCUGUGGAUCUAUAUUCUGGUCUUCCAAACCAGAAAAAAAUGUGAUCCAGAAUUAUGGUGAUUGCAAUUGAAAAUCUGAGGCACACAUUUUUUUUAAAAAAGCAACUGCCAUAAUAAUUGUUUAAAGUUUUAGAAUGUUUAGAGAGAGCUGGUUAGAACUAAUAUUAAGGGGCAGAAAUCAGGCAAAUUCAUUAGUAACUUGUCAAGCUACCUACUCUGUACAUUUUGUAAGUUUACUAAUUUUGAAGUUUAUUUAGAGUACAUGCAAGCCUAUUUUAUCCACCUUCUCUAAAUAGUUCAUGGAAACACAUUUCAACAAAAUUAUCCCUUUCAGAAAUCAGAGUAAAUGACCACAAAAAAUAAACACAAAUUCUUAAGAUGGCUCAGCAUGAAUUCCAUCCCCGGUAAAGAUGGAAGCAUCCAGAUCAGACAUUUGAGAAACAGCUUUCUGUAUAUGUAGAGCAACAAGAAAUCUGCUGGAGGAAUUCAGCAGGUCAAGCAGCAUCCAUAGGAGGAAAGGAAUUGUCAAGUUUCAGGUCAAAAUUACCUGAAUCAGAACCUAGCAGGGUCUCAAUGCAAAAUAUCAACAAUUCCAUUCCUCCCACAAACACUGUUUGACUUGUUCUGCCAGUAGAUUGUUGGCCUAGAUUCCAGCAUCUACAGUCUUCUGUAGAGAAUUUGGUGAUUUUAUGGAAGUAGUUGGUAAGUAACCACUAUGCCUGCGAGCUGGAAUAGUGGAAAAAGAUAUCACAGUUUCUAUUCUGUGAUCCCUACUGGAAAGUAAUUGUGAAUGCCAAGAUUAUGUAAACAGGGCUGGGCUGCUGACACACAACAGUGUGAGCCAUAGGCAUUUGAUUUUCACAAGUGUACCCAAUGCCUGUCGCUUGCAAGUCAGUCUUAAAUUUUGCAAAGGGAACAUGCCAUGAUAACAAUUAGAAAUAUUAUGUAGAUUCAAUGUGGUUAGCAUGAUUUUAAAAGAAAAAUUCUAAAUUUAGUAUUACCUUUAAGUAAAAGAGGAGCCAGUGUUGGUCACAGUCCAGCAAUCAGGCCCAUUGAAUGAACCCAAACAAAAUGGUACCCUGCAGCACUAAUACCUAGCAGACCCAGCUCCUGCAGCACCAUAACCCCAGCAGGGCUAGUGCCUGCCCCUCCCAAUUCCAGCAGACCCCAUUCCUGCAGCAUCAUAACCCAAGCAGAGCCAGCUUCUACCUUGCCAACUCCAGCAGACCCAAUUCCUGCCCCUCUUUCCAUGCAGUCUUUGCUCCUACAGCACCAUAACCCCAGCAGGGCUAGUGCCUACAUCCCCCCAUCCCAGCAGAGCCCAUUCAUGCAGCACCAUAACCCCAGCAGAGACAGUUCUUAUCACAACAACCAGGCAUGUUGCAGCAUUACAUCCAAGGCACUGAUUCUUGCAGAAUCUUGAUUCAGUGGCUUCAGAAUCCUGUUGUGACACUGUGCCUGUAUUGGGUCAUGAUAAAAAGGAGCUGGCUCCAGUGGAUCUCAAGUGGAGGAGGCCCUGUUGCAGGAGAGCCCCUGCACCAAUCCCACUACCAGCACACUAUCUCUUCACUGGCUGCAGAGGGAGCUCCUGUUGUUACAACUACAACACUACCUGAUCCUGUAGCACUAUAAUGUAGUGCUCAAACACACCAUAACCAAACAGGGCUAGCUGCUGAUGAGACCCAGCAAAUCCAGUACCUAUUGUAUUAUGACCCAGUGAAUGAGUACAGCUGACAUUACCCAAUUGAACAGUUAAAGCAGGUUAAUAUUUCACAGUAACCUGGAACCUUCAAUGACAUAAUAACAAGAUCUCAUCAUUCACUGGAAAUUCUUCAUAUUGGUGUUAUUUUUUGUUAACGGCUUCCUUUUAACAGGAAGCUGAUGAAAUCUUUGAAAAGCUAAGUAUAAAUGAGGAACUAAUUUUAAAGCAUUUCAUGUUUUGGUCAUUAACAAAUUAUACAUUGAAAUGUAACAAAUUUACACAUUGAAAUGUUUUAAAUUAUUCAUUGAGACAUUUUAAAUUAAUUUAUUGAAAUAUUUAUUUAUUGAAGCAGAUUUUAAAUGAUUUUAGUGGAUCACAUUUAAAAUGAUACUGAAAGAACUUUUUAAUAUCUGUAAGAUUUCCUGUUGUACACAUUUUAAUAUUUGGGUAGUAUUGUUAAAGAUCAUCUUUCUUAUAUUUAAUGAAUUUUAAAUGUAAUUCUAUGAUGAAUUUGGCAGUUUAACAGAAAUGGAACAAAUAUGAUAUAACUUUUUGUCCUUACAAUUCAGAAUAAAGUUACAAUCAAAGGUUAUGUAGCCUUAAUUGCAACAUGAUAUGACAAAAACCAUAGUUCAUUGCUCAAUAUUGUCUCUGUAGAAAAGGAAAAUGACUAAGCAGCGUUCUUUCUCCAAAUUAUAAAUCUGUAAUCUGUAAAUCUGUUGUGGCCUUUCUUAUGAAGGUAAUAAUCAUCUGUAAAUCCCUUCCAUGGUCCGACAGCUCAUCAGCAUUGACUGUCAAAAUACUCCAACUCACAUUCCAAUUCCCUCUCCUGCUAUUUCAUCAUUUACUUAAUCACUUUGCCAAACGGCCAUGCUUUUUGUAUUGUCCCUCAAUGUUAUCUGGCUACUAGAUCUAUCCCAACUUCAAGACUGAGUAAUUAAUAAUCAAGCGACAUAUAGAAUGGCUGAGAAUCUAGUAUUAGUAAUAUAUUCAUUAAACCAUGCUGUUAAUGAAGGGGAAUGUCAUGAUGAACAUGUAGAUAAACUAACCAAAAGUUUACAAAAUUAGUUAUGCUUACAGACUACAUGAUUGGAAGAAAAAAAAUAGGAUCAUGAAACUCAUAAUAUUGGUGUGAGACUGUAACUUACUCUGCAAACUGCUAUCAAUUACAGUAUGUGUAAAAAAAAGCCCCCAUCUUCAUUGCGCCAUCCACUGCCACAGCCUUUCUAAUCAUUUCUUUAAAAGUCAGAGUGAGAAAAAAAACCUGGGUUUCCAGGUUACUUGCUUGCCUCAAUACUUCCUGAAGAUCAAGAUUCUGAUAAAGCUGACAGCCUCAUUUUAACACCAUACAGUG